AUGAUGAUAUACAUUGUAGCAGGGCUAGCUAUUCUGGCCAUUUGUCGAGCGGUGUUCCUCAUAUACUCGAGACUGUAUGUCUCACCCCUGAAGGUGAUACCAGGGCCCCUUCUAGAGGCUGUUAGCAGUAUUCCUCACGAUCUCGCGUGUAUCAAGGGGGUCAAUCAUGAGUAUCUGGAGAAGCUGCACGACAAAUACGGGCCGAUUGUGCGGAUCUCCCCAACGGAGGUGUCCUUUAUCGACAGCAGUAUCUGGCGUGACGUGUAUGGGUUUCGCAAAAAUGACGCCGAAUGCGAGAAGAGCGACGUUAUCGAUCGCGUCAACGGGGUCACUGGAAUUCUAGAUGCCAAUCGUAUGGACCACCGACGGUAUCGACGACUGUUGUCGCAUGCAUUCUCGGAACAAAGCCUUCGGCGGCAAGAAGACCGCCUACAACACCACGUCGACAUGCUCAUCAGGGGGCUGACCCAGGGGAGCAAGGAUGGCCCACUGGACAUUUCUCAGUGGCUGCAAUGGACCACGUUUGACAUCAUGGGGGAUUUGGCCUUUGGGGAAUCAUUUGAGAGCCUAGGCACCAAAAAGACACAUCCAUGGCAAAAGUUCUUGCUCGACAAUAUUGCCGGCGGAAUGUACAUUGGGAUCAUCCAACGAUGGGGACUAGGUCGCGUUGCGGCAUUGUGUACGCCGUCAUCGCUGAUUCAGGCCAUGCGUGAUUUCUACGACAUGUCUUCAACCAGGAUCGACCGAAGAAUCGCAAUGGACAAGGAGAGGGGGGAUUUUCUGGACCACAUCCUCAAACAUGAACUUGUAGGUGAUGACGAAAAGGGACAGGUCAAAGGCAUGAGAGUUGAAGAGUUGAAGAGUACGGCGUCGGACAUUGCGAUUGCCGGCUCGGAGACGACGGCAACGCUUCUUACAGGACUCGUCUAUUUUCUGUUGAUGAAUCCCACCGUGCUCAAAAAGGUUCAAGAAGAGAUCGACGGAUUUGAAGAUGAAGAGCAGAUUACGGUGGCAUCCACCGCAAAACUGCCAUACUUUUCCGCCGUCUUGGAAGAGGGUCUUCGUAUCUUUAUUCCCUCACCAGUCAUUUCGGCGAGGACGAUCCCAACAGCAGGACUGGUUGUGGGAGGAUACUUGUUGCCUGGGGGAACGCGAGUGUUUGCGGCGCAUCACAUAGCCUACCGAUCGUCCCUACAUUUUGCACGCCCCAAGGAAUUUGUGCCGGAGAGGUGGCUAGCCAAUCGACCAGAGGAAUUUGCAAGUGACAAUGCCAGUGGAAUUUUCCAGCCAUUUGCGGCGGGACCACGAAACUGUAUAGGUAACAAUCUGGCCAAAGCGGAGAUGCGUCUGAUUCUGGCUACACUUCUUUGGAGGUUUGAGAUGACCAAACCGUCAGCAGAUCAACAAGGUGAGCAAGAUUGGGAUGGAUGGUUCCAGAGGCUCAAGGUCUACUUUCUCUGGCAUAAACCUCCAUUGAUGGUCGAGAUGAAGCCUCGACGCAACGCAGCAUCAAUAUUUUAAAGGUUGACAUGUGACUGGGAUGUAUCCUCAGGGCCAAUUUAUCAAUAAUGCUGUUGGACCAAAUGAAGAUCAAAUUACAAGUAAUAAAGGCACCGGCUAGACAACCUCAACCUCGGCUAUCGAAUCAAAUGGCAUUGUGUUGAACUCCGAUGUCGUUUUUCGAGAGGGGGACUUUUGGGG